AUUGCCGAUCAAAACACCGGGGGGGCUUCCUCGUCCACCAUGGCUUCAUACGAACUUGGAUUUGGAGCUCAAAGCAAUAUCAAAUUCUAACACACCCUUCGAUUCUUCUCCCAAUUUUCUUAGCUAUUCCAAAACCAAUAACAAACUCCAUUGCAAGAUUCGAGGUACAUUUUUCAAUUGUUCCCUUGUAAUAUAGAUUUGCCCUUUAUGUGCUGUAGUCAGUAUAGAGCCACAUCUUUGUCAUGCACCAGUCUCUGUUCUGGGUAUUUGAGUCAAGAGAUGUGUGGGAAUUAGUGCAAUGGCAACAUCCACCAAGUUUGAUAUAUCUUCUACCAGCCCAGACAGACCAUCACACACUGGGCAGCGUGGAUCCCACAUAACUUCUUCAAUUGAUAGAUCAGGUAGCUUUCGUGAAAACAUGGAAAAUCCAAUUCUGUCUUCUCUUCCAAACAUGUCACGAAGCAGUUCUUCUGCAACACAAGGGGAUGUGGUGAGCUUCUUCAAUUGUAUGCGUUUUGAUCUAAAGGUUCCAGAGCAUAAGUCUAAUCGUCAAACAGAUUAUAAACGACAUGUCAGUACUGCUCUUGGAAUUUCACCUGAUGAAUCCCCAUCGAGUUCUGCGAAAGGCAAGCAACUGUCUUCCCCAGUACCAGAAGAUAUCAAACGACUCAGGGAUGGUUUACUUGCAAAUUAUAGAAGGGCAAGGGAACGUUCUAAAAUGUUCAGUGAAGCCUUGUCUAGAUUCAACAAAGAUUUCCAAAAUAUAAUUUCAAAGAAGAGAUCCCGAGCUGAAACUUUUCCUAAUGAACGUUCUAGUUUCACAUUAGGUGAUAGGUCAGCCUUAGGGCAAAGCAUAGGUAAGGUUGGAGUUCAAGGUCAUUCUGUCACAGGUGGGUUCGAUCAUGAACAGCAAAAAUUGGAAGAAAGAACCAAAAAUGUUCCAAACAAGCGCACUAGAACUUCUUUGGUUGAUGCAAGGGGGGACAUGCGGACUAAUUCUCUUGUCAGGCCACCUGGGACUGUAGAUAGAGAUAAAGAAAUGUUACGGAUUGCCAAUAAUGCUACAGUUCAGGGUGAGGAAUGGACUUUACCGAUUGGAGGUGAUGGUUGGGAAAAGUUAAAAAUGAAGAAGAAGCGUUCUGGCAUCAAACCAGAUGGGUCUCCCAAUACAGGAUUGACAAAACCUGUUAACAUUUUCCAGGAAACUAAACAAGGAAUGCAACAUAGACUAUCUGCUGAUGCUCGGUUGAAAUUGAAUAAUGAUUCCCAUUCUUUCAGGUCCGGGGUUUCUAAUGGAACUGUUGGAGCUGGAAAAUCAGAUGGUGUCUCUCAACAAACUGGGUUGGGCAUACGUGUCUCUACCCCUAGAAGUGAUGUAGAUAAUAAUUCUGCUGUCAAUGAUAGGCGGGAUCGUCUUGUUAAUUCAGACAAGGAAAAGGUGAAUUUCAGGGCCAUUAACAAGGCAACUGUUCGUGAUGAAUUUAAUUCUGCCAGUCCUAAUUCAAAUGCUAAAAUGAAUACUUCUAUUCGAGCACCACGAUCAGGUUCAGGAGUUGCCCCCAAGUUGUCACCAGUUGUCCAUAGAGCAGCUGUUCCUAAUGAUUGGGAGGUCUCUCAUUGUACGCCCAAGCCCCCUGCUGGUGUCAGCACCAAUAAUCGCAAGCGUGCAGCAUCAGCACGAUCAUCUUCCCCACCUGUUGUCCAUUGGCAGAGGCCACAAAAGAGCUCCCGUACUGCCAGAAAAACAAAUUUUGUGCACAUUGUGUCAAGUAAUGAUGAAUCCUCUGCUUUGGAUUCUGCUUCUGAUGUGACUGGUAAUGAUCUUGGAUUGGGAUUUGCCAGACGUGUGGCUGGCAAUUCUCCCCAGCAAAUCAAAUUGAAAGGUGAUUCUUUAUCUUCAGCUGCCUUAUCUGAAAGUGAAGAGUCAGGGGUGGCUGAGAUAAAACCUAAAGAGAAAGGCAGGAAACCAGAAGAGAUAGAUCAGAAAACUGGACAUAAUGUUCAAAAGGUUUCUAACUUGGUCCUUUCAACAAGAAAAAAUAAACUUGUCUCUGGGGAAGAGCAUAGAGAUGGUGUUAGGAGGCAAGGGAGGACAGGACGCAAUUUUCCUGCCACAAGGUCGCUGAUGCCGAUGACAUCUGAGAAGCUUGGAAAUAUUGGGACAGUAAAGCAACUUAGAAGCUCAAGACAAGGAUUUGACAAGAGUGAAAGCAAGGCAGGUCGGCCACCAACCAGGAAGCUUUCUGAUCGUAAGGCAUAUGCACGUCAAAAGCAUACAGCAAUUAGUGCAUCAGCUGAUUUUCUUGCUGGGUCAGAAGAUGGACACGAAGAAUUAUUGGCUGCUGUAAAGGGUGUUAUCAACUCCGCUCGUGCUUUUUCCAGCCAAUUCUGGAGGCAGAUGGAUUCUUUCUUUGGUUUGAUAACCGAGGAGGACAUUGCUCACUGGAAGCAACAGAUAAAUCUUGAAUCGAGUGGAUUGAUGCCAACUCCAGUUCCUUCAAAUGUAGAUGAUUGUGAAGCUGUUGUUAAUGGGAUUGGGUUGACCUGCUGUGAAGAGGAUUAUGGACCCAGCGCUCAAAGCUGUGCUGGAAUUGUAGCAGAACAGUGGCAACUAGCUAAUGGAGACCCUAAUAGAAUUCCCCUCUGUCAAAGGCUAAUAUCUGCCCUAAUUUCAGAGGAGUGUAGCAGUGAAAGUGAAGACAUCAAGUUUGAUGUGUAUGAUACUGAAUGUGAGGCAGAUGGAGAGUUGGAUUUGAGCAGUUUGGAUCACCACUCUCGAUCUAUCUCUUAUCUUGCUUGUCAUUCUACUUACAAUGGUUAUGAGAUAACUAAGAAGUCAGGAUAUGAUGAGACUGGAGGUGACAUAGUUGAUAUCCCAUCAACUGGGUUGAAUUCAAGCCAAAACAUGCCUACCUGGACCUGUUCAGAGUUGCAAUAUGAUACCUUGGAUAUGAAUGAAAAGCUUAUCUUGGAGCUUCAAAGUAUUGGAAUUGCUCCAGAAUCAGUGCCCGAAAUGUCACAAACAGAUGAUGGAGGAAUUUGUGUGGAUAUCACUGGGUUAGAGGAGCAUUACCAAGGACAGAUGUCCAAGAGGAAAUGCUUGCUUGAUGGGUUAUUGGACUCUGCUUCAGUGACAAGAGAACUUCAAGAAAAGGAUUUUGAACAACGUGCUCUUGACAAACUUGUCGUGAUGGCUUAUGAGAAAUACAUGGCUUGUUGGGGUCCUAGUCCAUCAAGUGGGAAGCAUGCGAGCAACAAAGUGGCUAAGCAAGCAGCAUUGGGAUUUGUUAAACGAACAUUGGAACGGUGCCAUCAAUUUGAAGAUACAGGCAAGACCUGCUUCAAUGAGCCUUUGUUCAAAGAUAUGUUCUUUGCUGCUGCUUCCCAGCUAAGUAUUGUUCAGCAAUUAAAUGGCAUGGAGACUGAAUCCACAAAACCUAAAGUUUCUUCCUUUACUCUGGAAGCAAGAACAGGUUCAAUGGGUUCACAGCAGAGCGCUUCACAAUUUAGUCAGAACAUUAAUAAUCAUGGUCUCAAUUUAUCAGAUAUUCUUCCUGUUAUAAAUCAUUCAUCUGAACAAACUAGUGGAAAGGAAGAUCUAUGGUCAAACAGGGUGAAGAAAAGGGAAUUGUCUCUUGAUGAUGUUGGCGGUACUAUUGUUAGUUCAGGUGCUCCAUCAGGUAUAGGAAGUUCUCUAUCUAAUAGUGUGAAAGGAAAGAGGAGUGAGAGAGACAGAGAUGGAAAAGGGCAGAGCAGAGAAGUGCUAUCCAGAAAUGGAACUACCAAAAUUGGUAAGCCAGCACUAUCUAGUGUUAAGGGAGAAAGAAAACCCAAAGCAAAGCCUAAGCAGAAAGCAACUUAUCAUUCUGUUUCUGUAAAUGGUCUGCUUGGAAAGCUAUCGGAGCAACCUAAACCAGCUGUACCUUCUGUUUCUAAGUCUAAUGAAAUGUCUACUAAUAGCAAUGCCAAGGAAAAGGAUGAGUUUGGCUUUGGUGAAUUGGAUGAGCCUAUUGAUUUGUCCAAUUUGCAGUUGCCUGGAAUGGAUGUCCUUGGUGGUCCUGAUGACCUUGGUGACCAAGGUCAGGAUCUUGGUUCAUGGUUGAAUAUUGAUGACGAUGGAUUGCAAGAUCAUGACUUUAUGGGCCUUGAAAUUCCCAUGGACGACCUUUCAGACUUGAAUAUGAUGGUUUGAAACUGCUUUCUUUGUAUAGUACUGUUCAUUAUACAAAUGACAAAGGAAACAAAGUACCUUUACGAAAUGACUAGUUACAUAGGAUGGUUUUAUGGCUAAUUCUGUCCCCAAAUAGGUUAUAUAGAUUCUUUGGUAGACACCCCUCUCCAAGUUGUUUUUGAGUGACCUUUCCAGCUGUUUUGGAUUUUUCUCGUUUUGAAGUUUGUGACUUCCACUGUAAAGAUCUUUUUGUUCUAGGUACAAGUUAGUAUUCCAAGUGAUUAUAUGUUAGCAAACACUGUAUCCUGGUUGUAGCUCAUACAAAUCAGAGAACAAGGCCUUUGUACAUACAUUUAAUAUUAUUAAUAAAAUCAGAUCUCAUUUGC